AUGCUACGCGCGCCGCGUCACCGUGUCCGGGUUGCGGUAUCCGGUCUGCAGGGUACGCGAACCGGGGAGGCUGCUACCGCUGUAACUCUUGGCAUAAGGUCCCGAACAGAUGCCGCGUUCCGCCUCGAGACGGAGGCAUUCGUGCUCCGGCGAUUGACCGAUCUGCUGCCGCCUCAACGCGUUGUUGCGCGUGCGUGGCCGCACUUGACGAACCUUCCGUUGGCCGACCCGGACUUUGCGACGCCGGCUGCGGUGGACGUUGUACUCAGCGCCGACGUUUACCGACAAGUGAUGCGACCUGACAUUCGGCAAGGUGAACUAGGCUCGCCUUCGGCGCACCUCUCCGCCUUUGGCUGGAUUCUGACCGGCGCAGUGGAUUCCGGGGAGAAAGCUGCGGUCGCUGCGCACACGGUGUCGGUGCUGCUGGCACAGCCCGUUGAUGAGCUCACAACAGCUCUUAAGCGACUAUGGGAGCUCGAAGAGGUUGUUGCUCAGCGCGUUCCGACUCCGGAUGAGGAUCAAGCGGAGGAGCACUUCCGACGGACGCACUUUCGGGACGCGUCGGGCCGAUACGUUGUACGGCUGCCCUGUCGUCCGGAUCGACUUAAGCGGCUGGGCGAGUCACGCUCGGCCGCGCUGUCUAUGCUGCUCAGCUCGGAGCGCCGCUUGGCGAGGAAGCCCGAGCUGCAGAAACGAUACAUCGACUUUAUGGUGGAGUACCUCGCGCUGGAUCAUAUGAAUCCCGUACUGGCUGAUGCUCCUUCCCGGUCGGUGUCUUACUACUUGCCUCACCACGCAGUCUUCAAGGCUGGAGAGGCCACAGGGAAAAUACGUGUGGUUUUUAAUGCAUCCUUUAAAACAACAUCUGGUUAUUCGCUGAAUGACUGUUUGUUACCAGGUCCUCGAUUACAGUCCGACCUAUGGGUCAUCCUGACUCGAUGGCGAGGGUUCAAGGUCGGAUUCAUGGCCGAUAUAGUUAAGAUGUUCCGGCAGAUCCGAGUAAACCCGGCAGACAUGGACUUGCAGAGGAUACUCUGGCGUGCCGACCCAACGGAGCGAGUUCGAGAGUUCCAGCUCCGGACGGUGACUUACGGUACAACCGCGGCGCCUUUCCUGGCUAUACGCACGCUGCAGCAGUUGGCCAACGACGAGGCUGCGCGUUUUCCACUGGGAGCGACGGCCUUGUUGCGACAUUCUUAUGUCGACGACAUCUUAGCUGGAGGAAGCGAUCUGUCGGCGACCCGGGAGGUCCAGCGCCAGCUAGUGGCACUGCUGCAGGCUGGAGGGUUCUCGCUGGACAAGUGGGCCUCGAACACGCGGGAGCUUCUCCCGCAGGCGUCGCCGGAGGAGGCAUUGCUGCCAGCCUUUGACGCAGUAAGCGCUCUCGGGAUAGUGUGGCAUCCUGAUGAAGACGCACUGUCAGUCCGUGUGACAGUAUCCCAGCAACACGAAACCACCACGAAGCGGACGGUCCUGUCUGAAGCGGCUCGCUUGUUUGACCCGCUGGGGUGGGUCGCGCCUGUUCUAAUAUUCGCCCGGGUCUUCAUGCAGGAUGUGUGCCUUGCCGGCUACGACUGGGACGACCCGCUUCCCCUUGAGUUGGUGGACGCUUGGAGAGUCUUCACUGCUUCCCUGCCGGGACUGUCGGCUUUGAGAGUCCCGCGCUGGCUGCAGCGUGACCCGGGGGACGAGGUGGAGCUCCAUGGGUUCUCCGAUGCAUUGGAGAGUGCCUACGUGGCGGCGGUCUACGCUCGGGUCACCAGGCGAGACGGCCGGGUAAGGGUGACCUUGCUGACGGCCAGAGCCAAGGUGGCUCCCGUCAAGACGCAGAGCGUGCCUCGCUUGGAGCUCUGCGGGGCUGUCCUGGUGGCACGGCUGCUCCGCCGGGUGGCGCGCGAGCUGGACAUGGAGGAUGCACCGAUCGUGGCCUGGACAGAUGCGAGGGUCAUCCUGUGCUGGUUUCGCUCUCAUGCGUCGCGCUGGCGACCAUUUGUAGCGCAUCGAGUGACGGAGGUGCAAAAUCUUGUGCCGGGCGAGCGAUGGAGGCAUGUCCCUACGACUUCCAAUCCAGCGGACCUGGCAACCAGGGGGAUUCCGGUCUCGGAGCUCCUUGGACUGGACCUGUGGUGGAGGGGUCCUGAGUGGCUGCGGAGACCGCCAGCCGCAUGGCCCGCGGUGGGUGACCUUGCCACUCGCCAAGAAGAAGAGGAAAGAAGGGCGGUGCAUUUAGCCGCUCCAGGAAAUAAGGAGGACCUCCUCGAGGAGAGAUUCUCGUCGCUGACGCGGCUUGUACGCGUAGUGGCGUAUUGCUGCAGAUUUUAUCGGAGCGCCCGAGGCAUACUCAAGCAAGACGGGUUUUUGACGAGCGCUGAGUUGGAGGCUAGUCUGUCUAGGUUGGUGAGACUGGCGCAGAGAAGAGAGUUUCCGGGGGACUUGGAGGCGCUUACGGCGGGCGGCCCGCUGCCGACCGGUUCGUCGCUGCGAGCCUUGAGUCCGUUCCUGGACAAGGAUGGAUCCUUGCGAGUGGGCGGUAGACUUCAAUCCGCUCAGCUGCCCUUCCCGGAGAAGCACCCUCUGAUUCUUCCAAAGGAGGGUCCUCUCACCGAGCUGGUCCUUCGCAACGCGCACACCGCUACCUUGCAUGGGGGCCCUCAACUCAUGCGGAGCUAUCUCCUCCGCCGGUUCUGGGUCGUGGGGGUGGCCACUCGAGUGCGAAGGAUCGCCCGAGAGUGCGUGCGCUGUGCCCGUUUCCGUGCGGAAACGGCACAACAGAGGAUGGGCCAGCUGCCACCCGAACGCGUGCUUCCCUCCAGGCCCUUUGCAUCGGCGGGAGUCGACUACGCCGGUCCCCUGCGUAUCCGGGCUCACAAGGGACGAGGAAACAUCUCUAGCAAGGGCUAUAUCUAUCUCUUUGUUUGUCUAGCCACCCGAGCGGUUCACCUGGAGGUCGUGUCGGACCUGUCGGCGUCGGCUUUCAUUGCGGCGUUCCGCCGAUUCACAGCGCGUCGGGGUCGUUGUCGCCUGCUGCUUAGCGAUAAUGCCACCAACUUUCGAGGAGCUGACGCUGAACUGAGGGCUAGAUUUCGGGCCGCCUCUGAAUUCUAUAAGGAGGUCGGCGAGGUGCUGGCCAACGACGGAACCGAAUGGAAGUUUAUUCCGCCUCAGGCUCCUCACUUCUGGGGACUCUGGGAAGCGGGAGUACGUUCGGUCAAGCAUCACCUGCGCCGCGUCAUCGGGGAUCAUGCCCUGACCUAUGAGGAGACGGCGACACUGUUGUGUCAGAUUGAGGCCUGUCUUAAUUCAAAGCCGCUAAGUCCAUUUAGCACGGACGCGGCGGAUCUGGUGGCGUUGACGCCUGGCCACUUCCUGGUGGGUGAGGCGCUCGGGAAUAUAUCGGAGGUCCCCGAGUCCGAUCUUCAUCCCACGUCGCGCUGGCGGUUGAUCUCCGCAAUCAAGGAAUCCUUUUGGAGGCGGUGGCACGAGGAGUAUCUGCAUCUGUUGCAGCAGCGCUCCAAAUGGACCCGAGAGCGGACCAACCUAACGCCGGGCAUGAUGGCCUUGGUGAGGGACGAGCUGCUGCCGCCUGCUAAGUGGCCAUUGGCUCGGGUUACACGAGUCUUUCCGGGACCGGACGGAUGCGUGCGCGUGGCGACGGUCCGCACGGCGGCGACCGAGCUGACACGGCCGAUCACCAAGAUCUGUCCUCUUCCACUCACCACGGAUCAGGCCCUCUCGGGGGGCUUGACCAAGCCACCUGACGCUACGUUGCACUGA